GAUUUCUUUUUUCAUUUUUUUGAAUGGACCCAUCGUCCUAUCCAUGGACCGUUUUCACCUUGCUUGCAACUGACACGAAAAGAAUUCUUAACAGUUUGUGGGUGUGAAACUGUCAUACAAGUGUCCGAAGGCGGCGGGGUUUUGUAGUUUGCUUUGUUGUUUGUGCGGCGCGGCGCGGCAAAAGGCGCCUCCAAUUUAUUUCUGAAUUGAAAGUGGAACAUACCUUUGAUCCGGUGAAAACGAACUUCAGAUUCUCGAGCACUGUGGGCUUUUCGCCAUGGAUUUCCUGGAGUAUUCGGACAUAUCUGCUGAAAUUAAAGGAGCAAAUGUACCUGGGAAAGUGAAAUUCACUGACCAACACAUCGUUUUCAAGAAUAGUAAAACUGGAAAGGUUGACCAAAUUGCGUCAAAUGACAUUGAUGUUGCCCAUUGGCAAAAGCUUGUUGGGUCAUGGGCUUUGCGUCUGUUCCUAAGGAACGGAAACUUGCAUAGAUACAGUGGUUUCAAAGAAUCAGAUCAGGAAAAAGUCUCAAAGUUUUUCAAAAACAACUACAAACAUGACAUUGCUGAAAAAGAGCUGUGUCUGAAAGGUUGGAACUGGGGCACUGCUCGCUUCCAGGGAGCAGUUCUUAGUUUUGAUGUGGGCAGUGCACCCGCAUUCGAAGUCCCCUUGAACAAUGUGAGCCAAUGCACACCGGGUAAAAAUGAAGUUACUAUUGAGUACCAUCAGAAUGAUGAUGCUCCUGUCAACUUGGUUGAGAUGCGCUUCCACAUUCCCAGUUCAGAAAUAGCUGGUGGAGAUGACCCUGUUGAUGCGUUCCAUCAACAAGUCAUGAAGAAGGCCAGUGUCAUCAAUGUGUCUGGUGAUGCUAUUGCUAUCUUCAGAGAGAUCCAGUGUCUCACACCUCGAGGUCGUUAUGACAUCAAAGUAUUCCAGUCAUUCUUCCAGCUCCAUGGUAAAACCUUCGACUACAAGAUUCCAGUUUCCACUGUUCUCCGGCUUUUUAUUCUGCCUCACAAAGAUGGAAGGCAGAUGUUCUUUGUGGUGAGUUUGGAUCCUCCUAUCAAGCAAGGUCAGACUCGGUACCACUUUCUUACAUUCCUAUUCAGUACUGAUGAAGAUAUGAGUAUUGAAUUACCCUUCAGUGAAGACGAGCUUAAAGAAAAGUUUGAAGGCAAACUGUCCAAGGAAGUGUCAGGUCCUACAUACGAGGUCAUGGGCAAAGUCAUGAAAGCCAUUGUCAACCGGAAAAUCACUGUACCUGGAAACUUUGUUGGGCAUUCGGGCACACCUGCUAUUGGAUGUUCAUACAAAGCUGCUGCAGGCUUCAUGUAUCCCCUAGAACGUGGAUUCAUAUAUGUUCAUAAACCACCCAUUCAUCUUCGUUAUGAAGAAAUCGCGAGUGUCAACUUUGCUCGUAGUGGUGCUAACACAAGAUCUUUUGAUUUUGAAGUCGAAUUGAAAUCCGGUGUGGUCCACACAUUUAGUAGCAUAGAGAAGGAAGAGUAUGGAAAGUUGUGGGAUUUCAUUUCAAACAAGAAGCUAAGAGUCAAAAACAGUGGAAAGAUGAACAAGCAGGGCUAUACCGAUGAUGCAUUCAGUGAUUCAGAAAAUGAAGAUGAACCUGAUGCUUACCUGGCACGUGUUAAAGCUGAAGCCAAGGAGAGGGAUGCAGAUGGAGGUGAAGAAGAUGAGUCUACUGAUGAAGACUUCGUUCCUGGAGAUAUGCCAGAUGAGGAUAACUCUGCUGGAAGUGGUACAAGCGAUGACUCAGAUGAAGGAUCUGAUGCAUCUGCUGAUAGCCCCAAGAAAGACAAGAAACCAGCUAAAGAGAAGAAGAAAAGAGAGGAAAAAGAAGAUAAACCAAAGAAGGAGAAGAAGACGGUGUCUGAGAAGCCUCGCAAGCAGCGCAAAAAGAAGGACAAGGAUGACAACAAACCUAAGAGACCUCAGACAGCAUUCAUGCUCUGGCUUAACAAUGAGAGAGAAAAGAUCAAGGAAGAUAAUCCUGGCAUCAAAGUUACUGAGAUUGCCAAGAAGGGUGGAGAGUUAUGGAAAGAACUGAAGGAUAAGUCGGAAUGGGAAGCCAAGGCUGCAAAACUGAAGGAAGAAUAUGGUGAGGCAAUGAAGGAAUACAAUGCAUCCGGUGGUGGUGCCAGCAGUUCAUCAUCCAAGAAGGAAAGUGCACCCAAGAAAGCAAGCAAGAGCAAAGCCGCAACUACUGUUUCUCCGUCUAAGGUUGUCAGCAAGGAAUACAUCAGUGAUGAUGACAGCAGUAGUGAUGACGACAAACCUGUAAAGAAGGAAGUCAAGAAGAAACCUGAAGAGAAAAAACCUGCUAAAAAGAGUAAAUCGUCUUCUGAAGAAGAGGAGGAAGAGGACGAAACUAGUGAAAGUGAAGAUGAACCACCUGCAAAGAAAAAGGCCAAUGGCAAGAAGAAGCCAAAGGAUGAUGAGGAGGAGGAAGAAGAGGCUGAAUCCACUCCUGCAUCUUCUGAUGAUGACAGCGAUUAGCUUUAAAUUUUAACUUAACUUAUUAUCCUCCACUUUAAGAGUAUGUGACAAAAUGUAGAUCGCCCAUGGAUUAAUGAAUAGAUAAGUGCCGGUCACGUCCUUCAUCAAAAUGUAAAUCAUCAUCUUCAGUUACUGGUAUUUCUGAAGAGGAGUUUUCUUUGUUAGUAUUUGUCCCAGUGAGAACAUUUGAGCCUGGUUGUAUGUGUGAAUGUUGAUCUUUAGUAUUGUGGAUCAUUCUAGGCUGUAGCAUUAUAAUUUAUGUUUUCAUAGGAAAUGUGAUUUGUUUUGUAGAGUGAACUCCUUUUUGUACAUAUUAAAUACUCGGUUAUUUUUA